UUCCGCCAAUAAUUAAUGAAGUCAUUCAAAAUGAACGCUACAUGUAUGUUACUGGCUUUUCUUGGAGUCGACCAAAAGUCUAUGGGGGCCUAGUGACAGGAUACAAAGUCAUCCUCCACUAUACAGACGGUAACCGCCAUAAUUGGACACUGGAAGCAGACAAAAGAUCAUUUUCUGCGGGGAUGGGCCCCAACAGCACCUACUGUAUAACUGUGCUGGCUUUUAAUGAGGCUGGGGAUGGACCGGCUGCAAAGUGUAUUAAUUUUACAACUCGGGAUGGAGCCUGCCCUAUUUCUUGGAUGAGAUAUCAGGACUCGUGUUAUUUGAAUGUAAGCAAACCAGCAAAUUGGCCACGUGCUAAGCAGGAAUGCAUAAGUCGACACUCUCAACUCGUGACUAUCUACAAUGAGGACGAAUUUAAAUCUGUGGCAGCUUUGGCUGAAAACUUUUCCUGGAUUGGAGCUGAGUGGAACGAGAACAAGUCAAAGCACGUGUGGUUGGAUGGUUCAGACAUCGAAUUUCAGCCACCUAUCUGGAAAAAUGGAAAUGAAGACGGCACUUUGUGUGUUGGGAUUCGUGAUAGUGCUUCGUUGCAACGAGAGAAAUGCGCUCAUGUCAGACCUUAUAUCUGUGAGAGGAAAGUCGCUCCUGACCCUGACGACUUGAAGUGUGAAGAUAAGGGCGUUGGACUUGAAUAUCGCGUUAGAUACGACAGUAUAUUUUUUGCAUCUUCAUCAUUAUUAAACAAAUACCGACCAGGUAAUGCCCGAUUGGCCGGGGAAGAGGCCUGGUGCCCAAAGACAAAUUCUACAGAAGAAUACUUGGAGAUAGAUUUAGGUUCUUUGUACAAAAUCUGUGCUCUUGCUACACAAGGACUGCUUGAAAGAGGUGCUUUUACCAAAACGUAUCGUCUACAGUUUUCCAUCGAUGGCUCAAAAUGGGACUGGUAUAUAAACGAAAACAGCCAGGUCUUUCAAGGAAAUAAAAAUUCAUACGAAGUAGCGAAAGUAGUGUUUAAACAAGUUCCAGUAGCUCAACACUUUCGGAUCUGGCCAUUGAAGUUCUCUGUUCAUCCCUGUUUGAGAAUUGAACUUUAUGGAAAUAAGUCGAAAUCUCAGGGAGGUCCACCAACCGGUGCACCAACGAAUUUGACCACGGAGAUAAUAUCUUUGACAACGGUACAAGUAAGCUGGAAUUUCAUCCCGGACUUCUUCGAUGGAGGUUUGGGAGUUAUUGGAUAUUGGGUGUAUUAUUACAUAAAAGGAGCUGGUGCAGAGGGAUUAGAACAGCAGAAGAAAGAUGUACAGGAUAAUUCGACCAAACUCUUUAACCUGAAAUUAAAUGCGACUUACUGUAUAUCAGUCGUUGGUUAUAAUGAAGCGGGAGAAGGUCCUCGAAGCGAGUGUACUGACCUUCACACUCCAGCAGUAUGUUUACAGGGAUGGUCAAACUAUGGCGGAAACUGCUAUCGUGCCUCUGAGAAAGUGAAGGCAAGAUAGAGUGGAGUGAGGCUGCUGAAAAGUGUUACAACCUUAAUUCUCAUCUGGUAUCCAUCUACAGCGAGUCUGAAAAUCAGUUUGUCAAAUCUUUAACAGAAAGAGAGCCAAAGACUUGCUCGUGGAUUGGCUUGAAAUUUGAAACGAGAAACCAACUCCAUUGGAAUGACGGUUCUCUUGUGAACUUUACAAAGUGGAAAGAUCAAGAAAAUGUAAAUAAGUGUGUUGCGUAUCAUAAGGAAAGUGAAGUUUGGGAAAAGAAAUCGUGUUCAGAAAAUGUUCCUUUGUCUGUAAGCGAAAAGAUUUCGCUUGGCCACAUCAAAGCUGUUCUGAUAUGCCAAUUGGACUAGAAAACAGAGCCAUACCAGACUAUGCCAUGCAAUCCACCACAACGUUAAACGGUACUUCACCCUAUGAUGCACGCCUGAGUUCCACAGGGGGAUGGUGUGCUUUUCCCAGUAGCGAAGUUUACCUUGAGGUUAACUUGCAAUCGCCUCAUUUUGUUUGCGCCAUUGGUACCCAGGGUAGACAAAGCAAGGACUAUGUGAAGAAAUACAAAGUUGAACUGGCAAACAGAAACAGUAAAUACGAAGUUUACAAGGAAAAUGGAAUU